AUGUGGUCUCUGACUACAAGGGGUUUAUGUGAUAUAUUGUCAAUAAAAAUAUUUUUAUUAAGGAUUAAGGUAAUGACAUAUAACACUGAUGUAUUUAUGGUGAAAGAAAUUUUAAAAAAUAAGGGUGUUGAUGAAGAAGCUCAAAAUUCUAAUAUAGAAAGGGACGAUAUUUAUAGAAAAAUUGAAUAUUGUAAAAUUUGUGGAGAUUUAGCUGAUUCAUAUCAUUAUUCAGUUUCAUCUUGUCGAGGAUGUAAUGCUUUUUUUAGACGCGCUAUCAAUUUAAAUAUGACUUUUGUAUGCCGUCAUGGAGGAAAUUGUUUAAUAAAUAAAAAUACAAGAUGUGCAUGUAGAUCAUGUAGAUUUAAUAAAUGUAUAAAAGCUGGUAUGGAUCCAAUGGCAGUUCAACCAAAAAGAGAUUAUAAUAAAGAUAUAAUUAAAAAUAGAAAUGAUGUAGAAAGUGAAUCUAGUACACCUUAUGAAAUUUUAGAAACUAAAUCACCUGAUAUGUAUAUUGAUAAGAAAUGGGAAAAAAUGUCUAAUACAUCAUUUAGCGCAAGAAGUUCCAUUUCAACACAAUUAAAUUUUGAAGAAACACCAAAAUCAACUUAUCAUGAAUUAAAUUAUUUAUUUGAUCUCAUAACAAAAUACUCAGAGGAUUGUCAAAGACGUAGAAUUUUAUGUUGUGAUACAAUUGAAGAAAUGUUAUUACCUAAUAAUUAUUUACCUCAACCUUGUUUUAUAAAUGAUAUAACAGCAACAUUUAAAAUUGAAAUGUCAUUAAUGUUUCAAUGGAUAUCAAAUGUUCCUGGUUUUUCAAAUAUUUCUUCUCCUAAAGAUAAAGCAAGAUUAAUUAAAGAAUUUUCUUCAAAAUUUUAUAUUCUUAAUAUUUUAGCAAAUACAAUUGAUUUAGGAUUAAUUGAUAAAAUAAUGUUAGUAAAUAAUAGAUAUAUUCUACCACAAAUAUGUCCAAUAUCAGAUUCACAAAAUAUGUUUCAUAAUCAAUUAGUUAAUAUUUUAUAUGGUAAAACUUGCUUAAAUAUUUUGGAAGAACUUGUAAAACCAAUGAAAGAAAUGAAUAUUGAAAUUUUUGAAAUUAUUGCAUUAAGAAUUAUAAUGUUUUGGAAUCCAGGAAGUAUUGGAUUAAGUAAAGAAAAUAGAUGGUAUGAAUUAAAAGGAAAAGAAAGUAGUGAAAUUACACUUCGUGUAAGCAAAAUAAUUUUACUUAUUCCGGAUAUAGUGAAGAUUGCUCGUACAUUAAAUGAAAUUUUAGAAACAUUGGACAAUGAUUAUUUAAUCAGUUUUGGUGAUGAUUCACUUAAAAAAAUUUUAACAAUAUAG